AUGCCACUCACAGCUGAUGUAGCUGCCCAACAAGUGCAGGAGCGUCUUCGGUCCUUGCACAGGUUAAUCUAUGAUAUUGAAGCAGAAAGAGCUCGUAAUGAACAAUGUAUUGAUUCAAUAUUAAGAGCUGAGAAAGCUGUGGAGUCCCCACCCUCCAAUGAAGAUUCUUCCAGUUCCUCUCAACAGCAAAUGCAGUUGAAGAAUUUAUACAAAGCAGGAUUGUCUGCAGCAGAGCAAGAAGAGAAUCUGCUUCGGAAGGCACUAUCCCGUAUUUAUGAAAUCCGUAGCAUCAAAAACGAGAGGAGAAUACAGGCUCGGUAUGCAGGCAACAAGGAAACAAUUGGUUGCGGAGCUCUCAUGAAAAUGUUGCUGAGUGCCGCACAGACAUUGCCUUUACACGUAGGACGCGUCGGCGAGCGAGCUCCACCGCUGUGCGGGGCCGUGCCGCCGGACCCUGGACAUGUUGCAAAACCGGGAGACGCUGUCGCCGCACUUGUUAGGGUGUCAGAAAAGGAGGAAAAUUGGAUAUUGGCGGAGGUGGUGAGCUGGCUGCCAGCUCAAGGUAAAUAUGAGGUUGAUGAUAUUGACGAAGAGCAGAAGAAUCGCCACGUUCUUAGCAAGCGCCGAGUUGUGCCUCUACCUUUGAUGCGCGCCGACCCCCGAGUCGACGAGCACGCUUUGUUUCCUAAGGGCGCAGUCGUGAUGGCGUUGUAUCCACAAACCACCUGCUUCUAUAGAGCUGUAGUCAACAGGCUACCUGCUAAUGCUGCAGAUCCUUAUGAAGUGCUGUUUGAGGAUUCAUCAUACGCCGACGGCUACUCCCCGGCGGAGCGCGUUGCGCAGCGCUAUGUGAUUGCGAUCAAGGAAGGCAAGGGUCGCGCCACCUGA